AGGGCGGGGACUCGGGAGUCGCUGACUGCUCUGAAAGGGCUAGCAACUGCGGUGGGUCCGCGCGAGACAACUGAGAUACCUGUUCGGUUCCGGAGAGGAACCGCGUAACGGGAGAGGAACAGAGGACGACACACACCUCUGAGUAAAGGUAACCUUUGGGCAGCCCGAGGACACCGCGCGCGCCCCAGCCCCGGCGCCUGCGCCGGAUACUGACACCACCUUGCGGAUACGGCUGCUGCGCAGGCGCCAGGCAUACAGACCGGAAGCGGAAGGCCCGGACGCGUCGGGUGGGCGCCUCCGUCACCAGUAGCCAUGCGCGGCUUGGAGGAACCAGGGCGUCGCCCCACAGCCACCCCGUGUGGGUGCGUGAAACCGGCUCUGGAGACAGGGAAUCUUUUAACUGAGCCAAUUGGCUACUUGGAAUCCUGUUUCUCAGCCAAGAAUGGUACUCCAAGGCAGCCAUCCAUUUGUCGCCAUUCAAGGGCUUGUUUGAGGAUUAAAAAGAGCAUCUUUAAUAAUCCUGAACAUUCGUUGAUGGGUUUAGAAGAGUUUUCUCAUGUUUGGAUUUUGUUUGUUUUUCACAAAAAUGGUCAUUUGAGCUGUAAGGCAAAAGUUCAGCCUCCUAGGCUGAAUGGUGCGAAGACUGGAGUUUUCUCCACAAGGAGCCCACAUCGUCCCAAUGCAAUAGGACUGACCCUGGCCAAGCUGGAAAAGGUAGAAGGUGGAACUAUAUACCUUUCUGGGAUUGACAUGAUUCAUGGCACACCUGUACUGGACAUAAAGCCCUACAUUGCUGACUAUGACUCACCACAAAAUUUGAUUGAGCCUUUAGGGGAGUAUAAUUUACAGAAUAACCAAAAUAAACCAAAAAUGGUGUCCCAGUCUGAUGCCAAGACUGACAGCUGUGCUCAGCAGCAGCUCUCAGAGUGCGAAGAAUCACAGCCCUGCAGCCGCACUGAGGAGAAGCCUAAAUGUUCCGAACACAGAGCUUCAGGAGAAAAUGACAUGCAACACAAAGACACGGCCAAAAUCCAGCAACGCUCGCCUAGGCACAGGGAGAGAGCAGACGUGGGUUUAGAAUCCAGAAGUGGUCAGGGACUGAGUGUGGCAGAGGAGCAGAUUGGCCCAUGUCGCCUGGAGGAGAGCUUUUCAGAGGAGAGUGCAGAUGAGUGGCCGCGGAGAAGGAAAGAAGCAGCGGUCCCACAAGGAGGCAGGAUGGAGGGGCAGCCUGUGCCUCCUCACUGCCCUCCCGGGAUGGCUGGCGCAGCCCACAGCAGUGUGGUUCCCGCCUGGGUGCGAGAGGCCCCUGUGGCCACCUUGGAAGUCCGGUUUACUCCUCACGCAGAGAUGGACCUCGAGCACCUCAGUUCAGAAGAUGUUGGUCAGGCUUCAUUUAAGUAUUUUCAGUCAGCAGAGGAAGCAAGGCAUGCCAUCGAGGCUGUGUUGUCAGCCGACCCCCGGUCUGCAUACCGACGGAAGCUCUGCCAGGACCGCCUUUUCUACUUUACUGUAGACAUAGCACACGUCACCUGCUGGUUUGGUGAUGGCUUUGCAGAGGUCCUAAGGAUCAAGCCGGCUUCUGAGCCUAUUCAGAUGACUGACUCUGUGGAGUCAUUGGUGUCUCUGGGAUCGUAAGUAGCUGCCAUCACAUCGUUAAGACAACCUACUUGACUUUGGUCGUGACUAGCCAAUUUUUCAUACAGGCUAAUGUGUGCCUUCUUUUCAGAAAGAAGCAGCACUUUAUGGUCUCACUGCUUUGUUUGAUUUGAGUUGUUCAUAAUAUUUAUUUUAUAAACAUUUCUUUUAAUAAAGUGAGAGAUAAAAUUUAAAGAAA